AUGUAUGGUAUAAUUUCAAUUCCUGGCAUAUUAAUAAGUUGCAUAUUAUUGAAAAUUACCCUUCAAAGUCGAAUUAAAGGUUUUGAUUUUCAACAAGAAACUGGUAAUACAAAGCCAUACAUUAAUAUCAAAAAAGCUAUUAAAUAUGUGGUAUUGACCUGGAAUAAAGUUCUUAUUCAAACUAUAUUCAACUGCUGGAUUAAUACAGGAAUUUUACUAUUAGAUAAUACAGAUUCUCAAAAUAGAAUAGAAGAAAAUGAGUGUGAAGAAUUAGAAGAAAAUGAACAUAAAGAAAUUCAAGAUUUAAUUGAUAAACUUGAAUAUACAUAUCCUCUUACUGCCAAAGAAUACAUUAAAUUAGAUCAGGGGAAUAGAAUUGCUGAAGAGAUGCUAACUGAAAAACAGAUUGUUAACAUUCUUAAAGAAAAUAAUUCAAUUUCUGAUGAUGAGGGUGAUAGAGAUAUUACUCCAGUAUCUCACUCUAAAGUUUUAGUCACGUUUGAUACAAAUUUUAUCUAUUUAGAACAAAAUGAUAGUCAGGAUAUUAUUGAUAAAGAUGCUUUUAAAGCUAUGAAAAAAGCAAGGCGAGAGGUCUAUAGAAAUAAUUUUUUUUCAAAAAAGCAAAUGAAUUUAGACCUAUUCGUUAAGUCAAAUGACAAUGUCGAUAGUAUUGGUAAUAAUAAUAUGAGAAAUAAUUUUGAUGAUAAUAUUAUGGACGUUGAUAAUAUUAAUUUUGAAACUUUAUAUUUCAAUGAACAGGGCUUCUAUAAUUGUGAAGAAGAAGAAUAUUAA